AUGUUCAGACAAGUAACUAAGAGCAUAGUGGCAUGCAAUAGAAGAGGCAUAAAAGAUGUUUGUUUGCAAAGCAAAAGAUUUGUAAGUUCCAAGGAAGAAUACGAACUUCCAAAGUUCCUCCCGGAUGCGGAGAAAGAGUUUGGUGUCGAAGUGCCUAAGGACUACGUUCCUCCACAGUACAGAGACCCGUAUAAGAAGUACGAUGAUCAACAAAACAGAGUCAAUUUUGGUGAGAAGAUCCAUCCAUUCCAUGAUUACAUGGAUAUGUGGUCUCCAGAUCACUUUCAUCCAGUGAGGGACAGAACGGCCCUCAAGCAAAUCAGCGUGUUUUUUGGAUGUUUGGGUGCCUUUGCUGCUGUUAUCUAUCUAGGGGAUCUAUGGCCGGACAGACCGAGUAUGCCAAGGGAUUACCCUUACGAUGGUUUAUACAAGGAUCUUGGGGGAAGGGACGGUGAGGAGAAGUUGUUCCAGGCCAGACCGGACAAGGGUUUCAAAUGA